CGCGUUUGAUGACGUGUUAUUUGUGAGACAAGUGUUUAUGAACGGUCCGGGCCGGGCGCUGCAGUCAAGAACAUCACGGUAGUCCUCUAUAAAUAAGGCGGAGGAUGUCUGGUGCAGCUCUACGCUUAAUCCGCUGUCGGAGACUGAGCACAGCUGGGCCGCCUGGAGUGAGGAAAGUGCUUCAGUGGAAGGAUUUAAGGAAGGUUGCUAAAGUAACUGGUGCCGUUGUCUCGGGAGGCUGUCUUUUGAUCACAUAUGAAGUGGUGGCCUUGAACAAGGCUGUGACCAUUGACACUAGUGCCAUUCUUCAGGAGAAAUACAAGUCUUACAUCUAUCUGAGAGCCACUCCCUCAGAUGAAAACGAAAACCUUACUGCAGGGCUCACACACAAAGCAAGGAGGGAACUUCAUAAAGCAGCAAGGCGGUUUCUGGAACUAUCAUCUAGGGUUUUCCUGCAAACACUAGACGCUGCCAAGUUGAUGACACAAGGUUUGAGACCACAAGAGCACUUCAGCCACGUAGAUGCAGACCCACAUGAGGUGGCAUUAUGGGUUUUACUCAAGAGGACACGGUCAGCCAACAAAGCCAUCAGACUACAGGCUAUUCAAGAACUUGCAGAAAAUCACCACUGGCACGACUACCAGUACCAGACAGCAGCCCAGGUUAUAGACCAAGGAACAGCAGUGGGCCUGGCCCGGACUCCUCAGGUAGACCUUAGAUUCUUCUUGCGCUCACCUGCACUGCCUGACCUUGAGGAUGGUUUGUCAGCAGAGGAUGGACUGAGGCAGCUGCUGGCAUCUCUGCCUCAGUCUGAGGUGGACAAAUGUGUUCAGUACUUCACGUCACUGGCCCUCAGAGAGAGCACUCAGUCCUUGGCAGCACAACGGGGUGGUCUGUGGUGUUUUGGAGGUAAUGGGCUGCCUUACGCCCAGAGCCUCACCUCUGUUCCCUCUGAGAAGGUGGAAUCCUUCUGCCUACAGGCAUUGGUACAGCACUCAAAGGUCCAGAGCCACUGUGACCACAUAGUUGCCAACGGGGGUCUGCAGCUCCUCCAGAGGGUUUAUCAGCUUCGUAGAGACUCCCUGAAGAUUCAGAGGAACAUUGUUCGUAUCAUAGGAAAUUUGGCACUCAAUGAAGGUGUUCACCAGGCCAUAACCCAGUCUGGCUGGGUAUCUGUCCUGGCUGAGAUGAUGCAGUCUCCUCAUGUUAUGCAGGCAUCUCAUGCAGCCCGUGCUCUGGCCAACCUGGAUAGGGAGACGGUAAAAGAGAAAUACCAAGACGGUGUCUAUAUCCUCCACCCACAAACACGUUGCAACCAGCCAAUCAAAGCAGACGUGCUCUUCAUCCAUGGGAUUCUCGGGGCAGCUUUUAAGACAUGGAGGCAGAAGGACCGCAAUAUGUUAGAGGAAGAGAAGGAAGCAGAAAGCAGGGACGACUACACAGAGUGCUGGCCAAAGUCAUGGUUGGCUGCUGAUUGUCCAAAUCUGAGAGUACUAUCUGUGGAGUAUGACAGUCAUCUCAGUGACUGGAUGGCCAAAUGUCCCGCUGAGAAUCAGAGGAAGUCCUUGGCCUACAGAAGUCGAGAGCUGCUAAAGAAGUUAAAGCUGGCAGGAGUUGGAGAGAGGCCUGUGGUCUGGGUAGCCCACAGCAUGGGAGGAUUGCUUGUGAAGAAAAUGCUGCUGGAUGCCUCAGAGGACCCAGAUAUGCAUGGACUGUUAAAGAACACCAAAGGCAUUAUGUUCUAUAGUGUUCCACACCAUGGCACCUUUAUGGCAGAGUACUCAGUCAACGUCAGAUAUCUCCUCUUUCCCUCUGUAGAAGUCAGAGAACUUUGUAAAGACUCACCAGCACUGCGCAACCUGAAUGAGAACUUCCUGAACAUGGCAAAAGAAAAGGAAAUCAAGGUGCUGAGCUUUGCAGAGACGCUGCCGACAAACAUUGGUCCCAUGAUCAAGAUACUAGUGGUACCAACACAGUCAGCAAAUCUCGGCAUCGGGGAGCUCAUCGAGGUAGACGUAGAUCAUCUUAACAUCUGCAAGCCGGAGAAGAAGGACUCAUUUCUGUACAAGCGGAGCCUCCAGUUCAUCCUAGAAGCACUGCAGAGCUAUAUCAGCCACUGACUGAAAUAUAUGAACACAAACGCACUGAUAAACACUUGAAAUGGGGGAGAGCACUGAUUCCCCCCCCCCCCCCAAAAAAAAACCAAAUGGAAACAUAACUGCCUCUCCUUGUUUACAUUAACAUAAACAUGUCCUUGCUCCUUUCAGAAAAUAAAAAAAUGUGAUCACAAAAAAACACAACUACUAAUUUGAUCAUAGUAUAAUUAGGAAAAUUAACUGUAUUUUACUCAAUGGUGGAUUUCUGUGAAGAGUCGUAAGUUGUGAUGAAAAAGAACCAUCCUCCUAGAUUGGUCUCUCUCUAGUGAGUCAGAUCUUUUAAGAUUGUUCAAAUUUUUAAAGAACAUAAUUACUACUCUGACCUUCAAAUAAUUGAAUUUUUUUUCUAGAUUUUAAUUUUCUGUCACUUUCUCCAUUUCAUCUUUGAUUUACUGGUUUACCAUAUGACACAUAUUGCUCAUACAAUAUUUACUUACAGAUGCACUGACAUGUCUUUGCCACUCGAGUAUUUUUGACCACAGUGGUUUAAGAUUUUAUUUUUUAAAUGUAUGUAUUUUAUUAUAACUACCAUAUCACUAUCAUAUUGUCUGCCAAAACAUAUUCCUUCCUGAACUUUACCUCAAAUGGACCUGUAUUAAUAUUAGUUUAGGUUGCUUGAAUUAUUUGUAUGGGACUAAUCAAGCAAUUGGUUUUAAAUAUCCAUGGGUUUUUAGUCCAAAUUGCCAAUAGCAAUGCUGACAAUGAAUAAAUGUAUGAAGUUUGAGUCGGA